AUGUCAAAUCCAGCCGAAGUGCAGGUUGCAGCGGUUUCGCCUAUGUUUGCGUUUGAGCCAUUUGACAAAAACAAAUCAAAAUGGUCAAGAUGGGUGAAGCGAUUUGAAGGCGCUUGUCAGAUUUUCGGAAUACCAGAGAACAAUAGAAGAAAUAUGCUGCUUCAUUACAUGGGUGCCGAUUCGUACAAUCUACUGUGUGAUCAUAUGUCACCAGCUGAACCGGAAACGAAAACCUAUGCUGAGAUCGUUACUGCCUUGGGAGAGUACUACGACCCACAACCGUUAGAGAUGGUUGAGCUUUUUAAGUUUCGUCAACGCACACAACGGGAAGGUGAAUCGAUUACAGAAUAUAUCACAGCACUGCAGCGGGAGGCGAAAUAUUGCAACUUUGGCGAUUACUUGUCGAAAGGUUUGCGGAAUCAGCUGGUGUUUGGCCUGAGAAGCCAGCGGAUUAGGGCGCGCUUGAUCGAAGAGAGAGAUUUAACUUAUGAUAAGGCGAAGCAAACUGCGUUAUCCAUGGAGGCCUCCGGUGAUGGGGCCGACGUGCUUAAUCGACGAAUGCAGGAUGUGAACCUGGUGGAUAAGGGGAAGUUUCCAAAAAGACAGGAGUCUACAACCGAUUUUGCUACUAAGAAAUUUUUGUGUUUCCGUUGUGGAAGUGAGAGACAUUUGGCCAACAAGUGCGAGCACAGAGACAAAAUUUGCAGUUUAUGUAAAAAGAAAGGACACCUAAAGCGGGUGUGUCUCAGUUCUAAACCGAAUUAUAGCCAAAGUAAUGCGAACAAGUACAAGCCAAAGAAACAUUCGACGAACCUAGUGGAGGAUGGUGGUGCCUCACAGUCAGAUUGCUCGGACGAAGAUGAAAUUCAUGUGAUUGAUAUAUGCAAAUUAGAACACAAUUCGAAAGACUUAUCAAAAAUUAAUCUCAAGGUUAGGGUAGGUGGCUCACCAAUCAAAUUUGAGGUUGAUAGUGGAUCCCCAGUGUCUUUAAUAAGCAAUGCUGACAGACUCAAGUUUUUGACAAAUUUACCAUUACAUCCAACUGAUAUUGAGUUACGAAGCUAUUGUGGGAAUAAAAUUAGAGUUUACGGUAUUGUUGAUGCGGAGGUUGCGUAUAACGGUCAGAGCAAUCAGUUACGUUUGUUCGUGGUCGAUACCAAGCGACAUCCGUUGUUGGGUCGUGAAUGGAUGCGUGCGCUACAGUUGGAUUGGAAUGACAUUAUGCGUUUCGAUUCCGUAGAUAGGAUUUCCUUGUGCAACCCGCUACCACAAGCUGUAAAGGGAUUAAUGGAGGAGUUCCCUGCAGUUUUUGAAGAGUCUAUCGGUAAAAUUAAUGGAAUUCAAGCGUCAUUGCACAUUAAACCUGAUUCAAAGCCAAUUUUUCUUAAAGCUCGUACCUUACCGUUCUCAAUUCGCGAUACUGUGGAACGGGAAAUCCUCAGCAUGGAGGAAAAUGGUAUACUGGUGAAAGUAAACCAUAGUGAGUGGGCCACUCCUGUCGUACCGGUGAUGAAGUCUGCAAACAAGGUUCGACUGUGUAGGGAUUAUAAGCUUACGGUGAAUAAGAGUUUACUAGUUGACGAACAUCCUUUGCCUACUAUAAAUGAGAUGUUUUCAAACAUGGCGGGAGGGAAGAAGUUCACCAAACUUGAUCUUGCUCAAGCAUAUCUACAGAUGCAAGUUCGUCCGGAGAAUCAAGCGAUGCUAACCCUGAAUACGCAUCUCGGACUGUAUCAACCGACAAGGUUGAUGUACGGAGUUGCCUCUGCACCUGCAAUCUUUCAGAGAGAAAUAUCCCAAAUUCUGCAAGGAAUUCCCGGAGUAUCUGUGUUUUUGGACGACGUAAAAAUUACCGGACCGGAUGAUGAAACGCAUCUUCGCAGAUUACGUGAGGUUUUGAAAAGAUUCCAAGAGCACAACAUGCGCGUCAAUCUGACCAAAUGCGAGUUUUUUGCUGAUAGCAUUCAAUAUUGUGGCUACGUUAUUGAUAGUCAAGGCAUACAUAAGAUGCUGCAGAAGGUAGAAGCUAUUCAGAAAAUGCCACGUCCUGAGAAUCGUGAUCAGGUCCGAGCGUUCCUUGGUCUAGUGAAUUACUACGGUAGAUUCAUGAAAAGUCUGAGUACAAAACUUUACCCUAUAAAUAACCUUUUGAAGGACAAGAUACCGUUCGUUUGGACAGAUGACUGUGAGAAAGCAUUUGAAUGGGUUAAAGCGGAGAUGCAGUCUGAUCGAAUGCUUGUACAUUACGAUGUAAAUCUACCAUUAGUGUUAGCUACCGAUGCUUCGCCGUACGGUGUUGGAGCUGUAUUAAGUCACAUCUACCCAGAUGGUACUGAGCGUCCAAUUCAGUACGCUUCUCAAACUUUAAAUUCUACUCAACAGAACUAUACUCAGAUAGAUAAAGAGGCUUAUGCGAUAAUAUUCGGUGUUAAAAAAUUCUACCAGUACUUAUAUGGUCGGAAAUUUACUCUCGUGACUGAUAACAAGCCUGUUGUGCAGAUCUUUUCGCCAAAUAAAGGCCUACCUACAUUAUGCGCAUUGCGUAUGCAACAUUAUGCCGUGUUUCUUGAAUCUUUCGAUUUUGAAAUUUGUUACCGUGCAUCAAAAGACCACGGAAAUGCGGACGGGAUGUCACGUUUGCCGGUUACCAAUCUUAGGAACAUGAAACAAAUAGAGGAAAGCGACAUCAUUCAGAUCAAUCAAAUUGAAAAUCUUCCAGUUACGGUGGACGAGCUCGGAAGAUUCACUGCCGAAGACAAAAGCGUUAAGGAGUUGAUUCAAGGAUUGAAAACAGGAAGAGCUGUUGAUGGACGUUUCAGAUUUGGGACGGAUCAAACCGAAUUUACAAUGCAAGGAACGUGCUUGAUGAGAGGCAUUCGAGUGUACGUUCCGUCUCCUCUGCGAGCCCGAGUUCUUGACGAGUUGCAUGCCGGCCAUUUCGGCGUUUCACGGAUGAAGUCACUCGCGAGAUCGUACUGCUGGUGGGAAAAUGUCAACCGAGAUAUUGAGGACUUGGCCAGAGACUGUACCGAUUGUGCUCAAACAAGAAGUAACCCUCCGAAAGUGGCAGUACACUGCUGGGAGCGUCCUUGCGAACCAUUCCAAAGGAUUCAUGCUGAUUUCGCCGAACCAUUCAUGGGUAUGUAUUUCUUGAUCAUCGUUGACGCUCAUAGUAAGUGGCCUGAGGUAAAAGUCAUUCCUGACAUUACUACGGAUACGACCAUCAAAAUGAUGAGGGAGUUUUUCGCUACGUUUGGGCUGCCAUCAGUGUUGGUGACUGAUCGAGGCACUCAGUUUACAUCCGACCAAUUUCAGCAAUUUCUUAAGAAAAACGGGAUAACACAUAAGAUGGGAGCACCAUACCACCCUGCCACGAAUGGUCAAGCGGAACGGUAUGUGCAAACUUUCAAGGACAAAAUCAAGGCUUUAAAGUGUCCACGUUCUGAGGUCCAUGUAGCACUUCAGAAGAUAUUAAUGGCAUAUAGACGAACCGUCCACCCUGCAACUGGAAAGAGCCCAUCGAUGUUAGUUUUUGGGCGACAGAUUCGAUCGAGAGUUGACUUAAUGAUACCGAGUGCUGGCAUGCAAAAUACUUCGCGAGGGGAAGAGAAAAAGGUGCGAUCGUUUGUAGUAAAUGACAGUGUGGCUGCCCGAGAUUUUUUGUCGAGUUCAGAGAAAUGGAGAUUUGGGGUAGUAGCAGAGAAGAUGGGAAAACUUCAUUAUAUGAUUAAACUAAAUGACGGAAGGAUGUGGAAACGCCAUGUUGACCAGUUGAAACCAGGACCCUUGAUUCGGAGAGCUCACAUAGAAAACAAAUCUGUAAUCGGUACGCCUAGACAUUACGACGGCAUGUUGAACUCAACACGGAACAACUUCACAAUUAACCCGGAACUCGAGCAGGACGCUGCUAAACCAUCAUUGGACACUCCAGAUGAUUGUGCACGUUCCAUUGACUCUUCCGAACAAAAUACUAAGACGCCUGUCAGCAUUGCGGCUAGUGCUACUGGUUCAGGUUCAACUACCAAGCAGAGGGAAAAAGCAAAAACUUUUACUGAGACAGGCAAUGACUCCAUUCGUAGAUCUAAUCGCGAAAGAAGACCUCCUCGUAAGCUGGACUUAUAG